AUGGUGAAGGUUAUAGAUGAAGUUCGAGCACAAGGGUUUAAUAUUAGUUACUUGAACAUUGGAGGUGGGCUUGGGAUUGAUUAUUAUCAUACUGGUAACGUCCUUCCUACACCACGAGAUCUCAUUGACACAGUGCGGGAGGCAGUUUUGUCUCGAAACCUUAAUCUCAUUGUUGAACCUGGGAGGUCAAUGAUUGGGAAUACUUGUGGUCUUGUGCUUCGUCUCAUUGGUAUGAAAACAAAUGACACGAAGAACUUUAGUGUGGUUGAUGCCAGCAUGGCUGAGCUUAUGCGUCCUAGCUUUUAUGGUGCUUAUCAUGUACGAUUUUUCCACUCGGUCAUACCUAUAUAUAGCUUAUUUAUUGGAUUAAAAAUCCUUUUCUUAUCAUGUUCAUCUGGUUAA